AUGCCGCUCUUCGUGACAACGUUCCCAAAAAUUCUCCUGGACAUUCAUCUCCUGAUUAUCGUUUCCGAUUUUGAGUUCUCGGACGCUUUAAUAACCAUCUGUGAUCUCAAAAAAAUCGCACCCCCCAAUGCUCAAGGAGCCAAUUUAUCUGAUGCCGGUUUUGUGCUCCUGACAAUAAAGGAUCAACUUUUGGCAAACGAUUCAAGAGCUGCCUACUUCCUGCAAGAAUUCGUCAGUCGACCAAUAAACGGAGUCGAUUUGUUGCUCAAAAUCGUGGUCGUGUUACAAGGGAUUGUCAAUUCCUCUGUCCGAGAGCAGCAGCCUUCAAAACUAUCGACAUUAUUAGCGAGGAACAAUACAAAUAACACAAAUCGAAAACGGAAAGCUGCCGUAGCAGAGGCAGAUUGUAUAGAAUGUAUCAAAAUAUUGUUAGAGAAGAAUCCGGCUGCCUGGAGGACAAUCCUCGAACAGCCGUCCGGCCUGGAAGUUAUUUUAUAUUCCGUUAAUAGCCCACAGCUUGACUCGAAAUGUUAUGCAUUAGAGAUCGUGCUCCUCCUCCUCGAUCAGCCCCAGGGCUUCAUCGUGCUUUUCCGGGCGCUCUCUGUAAUUUCGGCGCGCACGAGGGACUACAUCAGGCUACAGAUUUUCGUCAGCCAGCUGAAACAUGGAUUACAUACGCAGAAGCUGCAUAUUCAGAUCCUAGUCUGCCGCCUCUUCAACAAGCUCCUCUCCCGGUCCCCAACCCCGAAUCACCGGAUGUUGGCACAAAUUGAGGCAACUCUGGCCCAGUUCUCGGCUGAAUACGUUGAAAAGCUCGUGUUGGAAGUGACAAGCCCACUUGGCGGGAUGGAUACCUUGAUGGAGGAGUUGGCACUGUGGAGAUCGCAGCUCAUCCCGAUUUCUCUCACACCAACUCGAUUCGCACACCAGGAUACCUUGACGAGCGCGAAUUCGACAAGUAUUUAUGGCUACAACUACUCCGAAACAGAGUCCGAUACCUCCAGAUCAGACCGAGGGAAGAGGAGAAGUGUCUUCCAAGCUAAUAAAUUCCCGAGCCAAGCAGCCGUCGCCAAAAACGUAGAAAGAGCCAGACAAAAGCGACAAGGCCCCGGAUCAGGAGGUCGAGCUGCCAACGGUCCGACCGUUGACCACCAACGCUUCUACCCCAAUCGAUCAGCCCUGACGCUAAAUAAUCGGGAUUGGGAAAGUAGGGACGAUGAAUAUGGAGAUUACCACACGACCACUCGACCGGAACGAGUGAUUUCACCGGGAUGGAAGCCGGAGGGUGGGAUGAGGAGGGCUAAGAGUGAGAGUGCGAUGUUGAUCGAUACGGAGUUGGCGGAGAACAACAACACUCUCCGUGGCCUCAAACGAGUGGAUCCACUCGCUUCUGAAUACCACCCAAUCGAGAACGUGAAGCCCUUGUCCCGGUCGACGCAUGAUUUGAGCAGGAUAGCCAGGGACGAGCGAAUUAUUGAUAUCCAGAGGCCGGGAUCGGCAGCCGCGCAUACAAGGAGCUUACAGAGGCCCUUCUCCCCGCAACGAGCCCGUUUCGCGGACCCACCCACUAUAGACACCACGCAUGAGACGACACAACCACAUGCCGGAUUUUCGUACUUAUUCCCGUCGCAGCCAGUGGUGUCCCAGGUCCCGAAGCGAGGCACGACACCGGAGCCAUAUUCAAAUCAAAUGAGUCCGAUAAACGGAACGUUACGCCCACCUUCCUCGGCCUAUUCUGGGACUACGAUGAGUCCGAAACCGUCCGAGACUCCAAAGUACAUCACCGAGAUGAGGGACGGCCAAGUGGUCUACAUCCCGAUAACACUGGAGAAUGAGCGGAGACCGUUGAGCAGAUUCAGCCGAGAGCCCGACUACGACACUUCCACCGGUGGCUCCCGUUCCCGUAUGCGCAGCCCAUCGCUUGGCGGUGAAGACGUCCGAGAUGCUCUGUCCCAAUUUGACUACCUAAAUGACUAUGAUGCGGCGAGCCUCCGAGGUAAAACAACGGCCACCUACCAUUUC